AUGCCAACCUCAGAGGCGGCCUUGCACUCUGGUCCGGCAAUGAUGGAUCUGGCCGGCUUCCACCAAGGCGGUAUCCAUCCACACCAAUUCCACCCGUUCAAUCCCUUUGUCCAGCCGCCGGCUCCUCAGCCCUCUUUUGCCCCGUCAACGUUUGUGCACCAAGACACCGGUUAUGAGACCAUGGACCAGGACGGGUCCCCCAUGGAUUCUGAUCCUGCUGAAGAACGCAUGGGCUCCAUCGACAGCACUUUCCAGGGCGAGAAGUUCCGCUUCCAUGCCACGCUCAACGCGCCAACGGCCAUGAUCAAGCAUGCCGAUGAAAUUCCAGUCACAUAUUUGAACAAGGGCCAGGCAUACUCUCUAUCUAUCGUUGAUACAACGCCCACACUUCCUAUUGCACCUGGCACUCGCUUCCGUACAUUUGUUCGCAUAUCCUUCGAAGACGAGCAACAGCGACAAAAGCCUGGUGUCUGCUGGAGCCUCUGGAAGGAAGGUCGAGGAACCAACGAGGCACAUCAAAGAGGAGGGAAGUUACAGGCUGUCGAAUACGUGGAAGCGGGUCAACCAGCCGAGGGCGACGAUAAAAGGACAAGGAUUGAUCUCGAAAGCGCUUCUUUCGACGGUUUCUCAGUCUUGUGGACGCCAGGCAUCAACGGCGCCGUAGAAUGCAACAUUGCUGUUCGCUUCAACUUCUUGUCGACAGACUUCAGUCACUCCAAAGGUGUCAAAGGCAUCCCGGUUCGACUAUGUGCAAAGACGAGCUCUCUAGCGCCCGACUCACCGCAGCCCGUUGAAGCGACUCAGGAGAUCUGCUACUGUAAAGUCAAGCUGUUCCGCGACCAUGGUGCUGAGCGAAAGUUAUCGAACGACGUGGCACAUGUGAAGAAGACAAUCGACAAGCUAAAGCAACAAAUUGCCCAGGCUGAGAGUGGCAUGAAGGAUUUUGGCAAGCGAAAGCGAGCCGGUGGCUCCCAAAUCAAAGGCCACCCACCGAACGCACUUCCAAAGCUGUUGCUUGUUUCUAUAUUGCACGGAAAGAUGGAGGACAAGCAGGAGCUAGGGAGCUACACAAAGCUGUAUACUUGA